ACACAUCCCGCUCUGUGGCGCCAGAAUUCGGAGCUGGCUGACAGAAGGAAGGAGUCGGCGGGGAGUUCGGCGGAGUUCGGUUGCCGCUCCGGGAAAGCCAUGGUGAUGCUCCGGAGCGGUUCGGGGGGCUCAAGCCGGCCGGAGCCUCACGAUGGAGGCGGCGUGGCCACGACCCCGAGCGGCGGGAAGCGCGGAAGGGCCCUCUUCGAGGAGAUGGAGUCCAGCGCGGAGUUCCUCUCCCUGGAGAUGGCGGCGCCCCGGCCGCGGAACAAGGAGCAAGGAGGGCCUGCCUCCGGGAAAGGAGGAGGCCCCGCUCGCACCCGGGACAGCACGGCGGAGUUUUCCUCUGACAAAGAAUGUGAACAUUUUACAAGACACUCAAGAUCUAUGAGAAAGAGUAGUCAACAGUAUUCAGAUUCCGGUUUUGAAAAAGAUGUAACAAUGCUAAGUGAGAAUGGUAUCAAUAGGAAACAUUUUACAAGACGGUUGGCUAGACUGCAAGCUGAUGCAAAGAAUGAAGAGUGUGAAGAAGGAAGCGGAGUUCCUGUCACCAGGUCUCUGAGAACUGUAAAGCCCCGCAAGCAUGCUGCUGAAGAAAAUGGAGAUGUUGAAGUCCGUCGUAGUUGUAGAAUUAGACAAAGCCGCUAUAGUACUAUGAACCAAUCAGUUUUGUUUGACAAGCUUAUUACAAACACUGCUGAAGCUGUGCUUCAAAAAAUGGAUGACAUGAAGAAGAUGCGCCGACGACGAAUAAUGGACUUGGAAGACCUUGGGGUAUUCAAUGAUAGAGAAGAGGAAAGUCUUAAUGUAUACUCAAGAGGAAAACCAAAAAGAGCAGUCCAAAGGACUGAUGAAGAAACCACUGAUAACCAGGAUGGAAGUGCAGAAUCUUCAGAAGAGGGUGAAGACCAAGAAGAUGAAGAUGCAGUAGAUAAUCAAAAACGCUAUGAUCUUAGACAACGAAAAACUGUUGUGCACUAUCAACCCUCACCAGAAAAGCCUAGGCUUCAAAGGAAACCCAAAUUAUUUUAUCCUGAAGCAGCAUCUCCAGCGAGGCGAAGAUUUUCCUUUAGCCCUACGGGACCAAGGAGCCCUUACUGUAAAAAAAUUAACAGGCGAAAGCAUGCAAUACAUAAUAGUGAUUCCACAUCAUCAUCAUCGUCCUCUGAUGAUGAGCAGCGUUUUGAGAGACGUAAGAAACGAAGUCGGAGCAAAGCAUUAAGCAGAUGCCUUCCACUAAACUUUAGAAAAGAUGAGCUUAAAGGAAUUCAUAAGGAUCGAAUGAAAAUUGGAGCAAGCCUGGCUGAUGUUGAUCCAAUGCAAAUAGAUUCUUCUGUACGAUUUGAUUGUGUGGGUGGACUCUCUAGCCAUAUUUCAGCUUUAAAGGAGAUGGUGGUUUUUCCACUGCUUUAUCCAGAAGUCUUCGAAAGAUUCAAAAUUCAACCUCCAAGGGGGUGCCUCUUCUAUGGGCCACCGGGUACUGGAAAAACCCUUGUUGCCAGAGCACUUGCUAAUGAGUGCAGUCAGGGUGACAGAAGAAUAGCCUUUUUUAUGAGAAAAGGUGCUGACUGCCUUAGUAAAUGGGUAGGAGAAUCAGAGAGACAACUCCGCCUCUUAUUUGAUCAGGCCUAUCAGAUGCGUCCUUCAAUUAUAUUCUUUGAUGAGAUUGAUGGUCUUGCCCCUGUACGGUCCAGUAGACAAGAUCAGAUUCACAGUUCCAUUGUAUCUACAUUGCUUGCAUUGAUGGAUGGCUUAGACAGCAGAGGAGAGAUUGUGGUAAUUGGAGCUACCAAUAGAUUGGAUUCAAUAGAUCCUGCUUUGAGAAGGCCUGGACGAUUUGACAGAGAAUUCCUUUUCACUUUGCCAGAUAAAGAUGCAAGAAAAGAGAUCCUUGAGAUUCACACACGGGAAUGGUCCCCUAAACCAUCACAAAUGUUUCUUGAAGAGUUAGCUGAAAAAUGUGUUGGGUAUUGUGGUGCUGACAUAAAGUCCAUAUGUGCAGAAGCAGCUUUGUGUGCCUUGCGUCGACGUUAUCCUCAGAUAUACACCAGCAGCACCAAGUUGCAGCUGGAUAUAUCUUCUAUUAAUAUAACUGCUAAGGAUUUUGUGGUGGCUAUGCAGAAGAUGAUACCUGCUUCUCAGAGGGCGGUGACCUCACCUGGCCAAGCACUUUCUAACAUUUCAAAACCAUUGCUUGAAAACAUACUUCAGAGAAUCUUGGCGCGUGUACAGAAUGUGUUUCCACAUGCAGAACUGGCACAAAAUGGAGGGGGCAAGUCAGAUUUUCCUAGUCAUGUCUUGGAUACUGAUUUACUGUACAGUGAUGAAGAAGGACCAUCAUUAUUUGAAACAGGGCAUUUGCAGAAAAGUUCUGAUAAACAUAAACACACUUUCCUUAAUUUUAACAGAUGUGCCUAUGACCAGCCAACAUCCUACCGGCCAAGGCUCUUAAUAGCAGGAAAACCAGGAUUUGGACAAGCUUCUCAUUUGGCUCCAGCAGUUAUACAUGCUUUGGAAAAGUUCACUGUGUACACACUAGAUCUUUCCAUUCUCUUUGGAGUGAGUGCCAAAACACCUGAAGAAACAUGUGCACAGUUGAUCUGUGAAGCCAAGAGAACAGCACCAAGUAUAAUAUACAUCCCAAAUGUUCAUAUUUGGUGGGAGACAAUCGGACACAUUUUGCAAGCAACAUUUACUUCAUUGUUACAGAACAUUCCAUCUUUUGCACCAGUUUUGCUCCUUGCAACAUCAGAUGUACAUCAUGCAGCUUUGCCAGCAGAGGUACAAGACUUAUUUGCCAAAGAUUAUGGAGAAGUUUUUGAUGUCUAUCCACCUAAUGAUGAAGAGAGAAGCAAAUUCUUUAAGGAUUUACUUCUUCACCAGGCUGUUAAACCACCUACAUCAAAAAAGAAAGCAGUUUUGCAGAGUUUAGAAGUUCUUCCAGUAGCACCAGCCCCUGAGCCAAGGCAGUUAUCGGAAAAGGAGGUCAAGCAACUUGAGGAGCAAGAGGAAGAUACAUUACGUGAACUCCGUAUUUUCUUAAGAAGCAUUACUCACAGGCUUGCAGUUGACAAACGUUUCAGAGCAUUUACGAAACCAGUUGACUUGCAGGAGGUACCAGACUACGUUGCAGUUAUCAAGCAACCAAUGGAUCUUUCCACUGUUAUUUCAAAAAUAGACCUUCACCAAUAUAUGUCUGCCAAAGAAUACCUGAAAGAUAUUGAUCUUAUCUGUAGCAAUGCUUUGGAAUACAAUCCAGAUAGAGACCCUGGAGAUCGCCUUAUCAGGCACAGAGCAUGUUCUCUCAGAGACACAACCUAUGCGAUAAUUAAAGAAGAAAUGGAUGAAGAGUUUGAACAACUUUGUGAAGAAAUUAAAGAAUCUCGUAAAAGGAGAGGUUGCAGUUCUUCUAAAUACGCUCCAUCUUACUAUUAUGUAAUGCCAAAGCAGAAUAACUCCUUAGAGUACAAGAAAUUGGAUUCUGAGGUUAGCGAGAAACUAAGAAACCCUCCAACACCUUUGGAUUCUAGUUCUCCCUUGCAUCCUAAUACGUUGUCCAAAAGAAAACUGCGAAGGAAGAGACUAUGGUGCCAGGGUAACCUAAGUAAAAAGAGGAAGACUUCUCAUUUCAAUAAAGAGAAUAAAGCUCCAAGAGAAGAGCAAGAUGAAGCAGAGAGUGAUGGAGAAGAAUGUCUGGAAAAUCACAAUUCUAGCAUGGAACAAGCUGGAGCUGAAGUAAUGCAAACUCCAAUAGUAGAAUCUCAGGUUGUGUUUCCAGCGCAGUGCAGCAGUGGCUCUGUGGAAUCUGGUACAGAGAAAGAUAAAGAGCAAUCUGCUGAUAAUGGCACUAAGUGUAGAUCGGAGAAUGGCAAUAAUGAUAUUGAAAGCUCAGAACAAAGCAAAGGAUGCAAUGGGAAUGCACUGGAUCAUCCAUCGGAUAAAGAUACUAAUGAUACAUGUUUGCUGCGCAUGACCCGUGCUCGGCGAUCUCAGGUGGAACAGCAGCACCUCAUCAGUGUUGAAAGAGCCAUGGAGAUUCUCACGGAGCAAACGCCUCCCCUGGUUGUGGAUCAUCAAAAGCUUGAGGAAUUGCUGGAAAUAGUUAUUCAGAAAACCAGAAAUUACACUAUACUUCAAUUGGAAAAACUUUAUGCCUUGCUCAGCCAGUGUAUUUAUCGACAUCGCAAAGACUAUGACAAAACCGAAUUGAUACAGGAAAUUUCAAGAGAAAUUGCAGCCUUUGUUUAGUUCUGCUCAUGAAGUCUUCCAACUGUUGACGUUCCAGGCAAUUAAUUUGAAGCCGCAUGUCUCUAUGCAGUAGAUUUCAGUAAUCAGAUGUUCUUGUUUGUACACAACAUGGGCGGGAAAGCCAUAGCUUUGGCAACUGGAACUAAAGAGGUCAGGUGGGCUCACCAUUGUGCCUAACUCUUUUCAUAGUGUGUGUUUGGAUUUUUCCUUCUUUUGAAAAUGUAUCUUUUGGAACUACUUGGUGCUAAUAUGUUUUGAAAAUAGAAUAUCCCCAAAUGAGUUUUAAUUGGGGGAUUGAGUUUUGAAAAUAUGUGUACAUAGCACCAUUUUCCCUCCUGUAAAUUUAAUAAAAAUAAUAAUUUAUCCAAAACAAAUCAUGUAAAUACGUUGUGUCUGUAUUUUGAAAAAAUGCAUUUGAUAUCUUGAUAUUCCAUAUAGCUGAAGACCAAUGACAGAAUAUUUCAGUAUUCUCAUUUCUGUAUUUUCAAAAGCAUUCUGCCUUCUUUUUUUUAUCACUACUCUAAUUUUUCUAGUGUUGGUGUAACUUACAUCAACUCUUCAGUGCUCUCAAAUGUUAUGUAAUAUAUACUUUGUGUUAAACUUCAAUGGACAAAAUAAAAUUUAUAUACUCUUUAA